AACCUAGCCUGGAGGCCCAGACCUACUGCUGACCCUUAAACACUCCAGCUUGACACACCCCCCCACACACACCAGCUAAAAAAAUGACAGGAAAAGCCACCUCUGAGGCUUCUGUCUCUACUCCAGAGGAGACAGCACCUGAGCCUGCCAAGGUGCCCACUACAGAGCCUUCUGGAGAGGUGGCAGCAUCAGAGUCCACCGGGCAAGAGCAGGCUCCAGAGCCACAGAAGCCUCAGGCACAGGAUCCUGCAGCUCCUGCAGCUUCUGCCAUGCCCGCAGCCACUAAGCCUGAACCUCCGAGUGAAGAUGUCCCCAGUGCCCCACUGCGGCUGACCUUGGAGGAUGUGAGCCACAGCUCCUUGACUGUGAGCUGGGAGCCCCCCGAGAAGCUGGGCAAACUGGGGCUUCAAGGCUAUGUGUUGGAGUUCUGUCGAGAGGGAGCCUCAGAAUGGGUGCCUGUGAAUCCCCGGCCCGUGAUGGUGACCCAGCAGACGGUUCGAAACCUGGCCCUGGGAGACAAGUUCUUCCUGCGUGUGACUGCAGUAAGCUCAGCAGGGGCAGGCCCUCCAGCCGUUCUGGACCAGCCUGUCCACAUCCAAGAGAUCACUGAAGCCCCCAAGAUCCGUGUUCCCCGACACCUUCGUCAGACCUACAUCCGCCAGGUGGGAGAGUCAGUCAACCUGCAAAUCCCCUUCCAGGGGAAGCCCAAGCCACAGGUCUCUUGGACCCACAAUGGCCACGCUCUGGACAACCAGAGAGUUAAUGUGCGCAGCGGGGACCAGGACUCCAUCCUCUUCAUUCGCUCUGCUCAGCGCGCAGACUCAGGCCGCUAUGAGCUCACCGUGCAUCUGGAAGGCUUGGAAGCCAAGGCCAGCAUUGACAUCCUGGUGAUUGAGAAGCCCGGGCCCCCGAGCAGCAUCAAGCUACUGGAUGUCUGGGGUUGCAAUGCUGCCCUCGAGUGGACACCACCCCAGGACACAGGCAACACAGAGCUCCUGGGCUACACAGUACAGAAGGCAGACAAAAGGACAGGGCAAUGGUUCACAGUGUUGGAGCGCUAUCACCCCACCACCUGCACCAUCUCAGACCUCAUCAUUGGCAACUCGUACUCUUUUCGGGUCUUCUCAGAAAACCUGUGUGGCCUCAGUGACUUAGCCACCACCACCAAGGAGCUGGCUCACAUCCACAAGGCAGAUAUUACUGCCAAACCUAGAGAGUUUAUUGAGCGAGACUUCUCAGAAGCGCCCUCGUUCACCCAGCCCCUGGCUGACCAUACCUCCACUCCUGGCUAUAGCACGCAGCUUUUCUGCAGCGUCCGAGCAUCACCUAAGCCCAAGAUCAUCUGGAUGAAAAACAAGAUGGACAUCCAGGGUGACCCCAAGUACCGUGCCGUCUCCGAGCAAGGGGUCUGCACCCUGGAGAUCCGGAAGCCCAGCCCCUUUGAUUCUGGGGUCUACACUUGCAAGGCCAUCAACGUGCUAGGGGAGGCCUCUGUGGAUUGUCGGCUGGAGGUUAAAGGUGGGAGUCGGAAGGGUGCCCUCAGCACCCUGCUGUAGUGGACAGACUGAGUCCCUCUUGGGAGCUGGACUAGAUGUAGUUCAGAGUGAAACUGGAGCAGGAAAAGGGUAGGGAGGGGUCAAGAACUGUUUGUGUGACUUUCUAAGUGGGAAGAUGUUCUUUCUAUUUGGGGACUGGGGUGCUGGAAAUUCUUGACCUCAAACCUCUCCGUUCCCUCCUGUCUUCCCCCAAAGCUCUAACGUGUAGUAUCUCUUACAGCUUCUGCCACACACUAAAGAGCAACAGAGGCAGAGACUGGGACAAGGAGACAGGUGAGUGGCUGGACCUACUCCUUCAGUUACCUCUACUGAGAGUGUGGUGUCAAAGAGAAGAUUGCGAGAGAAGAAUCCACCUCCCAGGCAUAAAAUGUCACUGGAGACAGGGAGGGGAGGGCAGGAAAGCAGUAGGCAGAUCUGGGUACCAUUUUUGUAGCAAAAGACAGAGAGCAUGCAUGUUUAGUUUGGUGAAGACAGUGUAGCACUGGGUCAUGCUGGGGAGGUCCAGAAGGGAUGGGUACUCUGGGUGGUGGUCACAGGUCAGCAUCUGGGCUUGGCUCUGAGUGACUGUAAACAGCAUUCUUUUCCCUCAUUAGGAAAGUAGGGACCCAGUCCUUGCUCUCCCUUCCUCGUUUGGUGGUUCUGAGGCUCUGGGUGAACUAUCAAGUCUCCAGAGCUGCACUGGGCAGAGCCCAGCUUUGGAAAUUGAGCCUGAGGAAGGACUGAGAAGGGUGGAGGUGGUUCUCUACCCGACUCCCCACUAUCUCUUCUAGCAGCUUGGUCACAUACCAGGACGCAGAAGGACACUAUCCACCAAGUCCUGCAGACCUGAGGAUCAGGACCCCAGGAAUCCCCAAGACCAUAGGAACAGCGAAUGGGGCGGGGUCUCUAGUACCUGCAGGCCCCCUCCAUCAGACGCUGGGUCCAGACCCAGGAUCAGGCCUGGCAGGCCCCAGGCCAUACCUUCUGGGUUCAAGAGGGCCCAGAAGGGGCAGAGACUGGCACCCUCUUCAGAGUUGUACACUGUAUGAGAAGUAUUCAAAUAAAGGUGUGUGGUGUUAUA